GCCACAGUUGAUAUUUUCUCGUAAAGAAAAUUCAACCCUCAAAGAGCACAACUGGAAUGUCUGUAUUCCUUUGGGGAUCACUAACAUGCAGCUGCUGAUCAUUGUUCUCACUGUGUGGGCUUCCUGUGCUCAUGGGCAAGGAAGAACUUGUGAUUUUCCAGUUAUAAAACAUGGAGGCAUAAAUGAUGGGGACAGAUAUAAGCAAAUGUUUCCAGUUGAUACUGGAAAAUAUUUUUACUACUCCUGUGAUCAUAAUUAUGCAUCUCCUCCACAAUUAAUCUGGACACGAAUAACCUGUACAGAGGAGGGCUGGUCACCUACACCACAGUGCCUCAGGCAUUGCAUUUUGCCUUGGGUGGAAAAUGGUGAUUCUGAGAAGUCAGGAAAAGUACUGUUAGAAGGUGAAAUGGCACAAAUUGACUGUAAGGCAGGCUACAGCCUCUCAAAUAAUCUGAAAACUAUAGCAUGUACAGAAAAUGGCUGGUCCACUCCACCUAUAUGCAGUCUAUAUCGAACAUCUUGUGAUAUUCCAGUAAUUAGGAAUGGAUUUCUACUUGAUGGUACUAUGUCCAGAAGAAUUCGUUUAUAUGGCUGUCUUGAAAAUUUUUUGACUCCUUCAAAGCGUAAGAUGGGUAUCAUCAGGUGCACACCAACAGGAUGGGAGCCAAAAGUGCCCUGCAUCAGAAAAUGCACUUUUAAUAAUUUGGAAAAUGGAGAGAAUCCACAGACAGAAGAAAUAUAUUACCAAGGUCAAUCUAUAAAUGUUCAAUGUCAUUCUGACUUUAGGCUACAAAAUCAGGAGAACAUAAUGACAUGUACAGAGAAUGGCUGGAACCCUCAUCCCAUAUGUGUCCCUAGAAAAUCUUGUAAUAGACCAGUAUUUGAGAAUGCCUGGACACAAAAUAAUGCCUCGUGGUUUAAGAUCAAUAAUCAGCUUCAGUACAACUGCUCUCCUGGAUAUGAAGACAAAGAUGGAAACACCACUGGUUCUAUAAUGUGUGGUGAUCAUGGUUGGUCUGAUAAACCGACUUGUUUUGAUCCUCAAGAAAAAUGUGGACCUCCUCCGGCUAUUGACAAUGGAGAUAUUACCUCAAUGCCAUUAAAAAAAUAUGUUCCAAGAUCACAAGUUGAGUACCAAUGUCAGUCCUACUAUAAACUUCAGGGAAAUAGGUAUAUAGUAUGUAGAAAAGGAGAGUGGUCAACACCACCAAAUUGUUUAGAUCCAUGUAUAAUAUCAGAAGAAACCAUGAAUAAGCAUAAUAUACAGAUACAGAAAACAGAUGGAGAAACAAUUUAUUUUCAAUCAGGAGAACCUGUUAAGUUUAUGUGUAAACAUGGAUAUCGUAGGCAAUCUGAACCUAAUUUAUUUCAAGCAACCUGUGUAAAAGGAAAAAUAGUAUAUCCAAAAUGUGAAUAAAAAUACUUAAAAUUUUA